AAAGUGAUUUGAAAAAGAACUAAUGCUGAAAUCAGCCAUUUGGUCAACAAACAACAAGAAUAAAAAUUUCAAUCAAACUAAUUUAAGAAUUUUAAGCACAUCCCCCUCUUCAAUAACACCCAAAAAAACGUGUAUUCAUAUCAGAUACCGAAAAAUAUUAAUUAAAAAAUUUAAUUAGAAACCGAAGCAGUGGUUAAUCCACCAUUCUCUGCCUUCAAAAGUCAGUAUCUCCAGGAAGGGGGCACGGCAGAAUCUAUUUAGCUUUCUCACUCCUUUUUCUUGUUCCUUACUCUUAUCUCUGCCUAUGGUUGCUUCAAAUUUCAGCUCUAAUCCCAAAAAUAACUAACAACAGAAACAACUAUGCUACCGUUGUUUGGUUAUUGUUCCUUUCUCUCCUUCGUUCUUCUUUUCCUCUUUUUUUUCCCACGUUUUUGUUUUCCCGCUAGAAUCGCACCAGGACAAGUAACUGUUGUAACUAUCGAUGAUCAAAACGCUACCUGGUAUAAUUUUACUCGCUUUAAAGACGCUGAGAAAGGUUGCCACAUCAGCGGCAUGUCGGAACUCAAGAAAUAUUUCCAGCGGUUCGGCUACUUAUCGAUUCCCAACCAUCAAAACAGCAACUUCACUGACGUUUUCGAUGCUCAAUUUGAAUCCGCUGUGAUUUUGUACCAACAAAAGUUUGGGUUACCGGUAACCGGAAAGCUCGAUUCUGAAACAAUAUCGACAAUCAUGUCCCCAAGGUGUGGUGUUUCCGACACUGAAUCGACAAUCCAUGCGACGAAACAUUUUGCCUAUUUUUACGGAAGGCCGAGGUGGGACCGUGGGUCGUCCAUGACUUUAACGUAUGCUUUUUCGCCUACAGACAUGAUCAAGUACAUAAGCUUACCGGAAAUCAAAACAGUAUUUAAGCGCUCGUUCUCGAGGUGGGCUUCGGUGAUUCCGGUAAACUUCACAGAGAUAGAUGAUUACCCAUCAGCGAAUAUCAAAAUCGGGUUUUUCAAGGGUGACCAUGGUGACGGUCAACCGUUUGAUGGGGUUUUAGGAGUGUUAGCUCACGCUUUUUCACCAGAGAACGGGAGGUUCCACUUGGACGAAGAUGAAACAUGGGCCGUUGAUUUCGAGAAAGUGAAAUCAAAGACGGCUAUUGACUUGGAAUCAGUGGCUACACAUGAGAUUGGCCAUAUACUAGGGUUGGCCCAUAGUUCAAUCAAGGAAGCCGUGAUGUAUCCGAGCUUGAAGCCACGUAGUAAAAAAGUGAAUCUUAAACUCGAUGAUGUAGAAGGUGUUCAAGUAUUGUACGGAUCAAACCCUAACUUUCAAUACAGUUCUUUAUUGGCGUACGAAAAUUCUUACAACAAAGCAAUUAACCUCAAUCAAAGAUAUUGUAGUUGGACAUCUUCAAUAGUAGUGGUAGUUUUUUUUUCUCUUUUCAUGAUUACAUAAGAGCCUUCUUUUUUGAGCUCUUUUAUUUAUGUGUGAAGAAAAAAUUGCUCACACCCAGAAAAAAAAAAAAAACUGAAACAAUCUUUGAUUUGUAUAAGGAUGUAAUAUAUUUGUGAAUAAUUUUUUUUGGUUAUAUUUAGUGGUGUUAUAUAUGUAUAUAUUAUUAUAGUUUGAUUUUUCUUCUUAAAAAAUGUGUACCAACUUUUUGAAGCAGGAGAUGAUAAGAAAGACAAAACUCCUGACCAUUCAUUUUGGACUUGAAAGGUUAGGAUGGAAUCCGAAAAGAAAAACAAAUAUAUAUUUAUGUAUAAUAUUUAUAUAUUAAGAAUAAAUAUGGAAAUAGGAUUAUUUGGUGGAUAA